AUGCUUUCUAAAAUUGCCACUAGAUCAUUCUCAUCCUCUGCUUCCAACGCUUACAAAGUUGCCGUUUUAGGUGCUGGUGGUGGUAUUGGUCAACCAUUAUCCUUAUUAUUAAAGUUAAACAACAAGGUUACUGAUUUAGCAUUAUACGAUAUCAGAGGUGCUCCAGGUGUUGGUGCUGAUGUUUCCCACAUCCCAACCAACUCAACUGUUAAGGGUUACAACCCAGAUCAAUUAAAGGAAGCUUUAACUGGUUCUGAUGUUAUUGUUAUCCCAGCUGGUGUUCCAAGAAAGCCAGGUAUGACUAGAGAUGAUUUAUUCAACACCAAUGCCUCAAUUGUUAGAGAUUUAGCUAAGGCUGCUGCUGAUUAUGCUCCAAAUGCUGCUAUCUGUAUUAUCUCCAACCCAGUUAACUCUACUGUUCCAAUUGUUGCCGAAGUUUACAAGUCAAAGGGUGUUUACAAUCCAAAGAAAUUAUUUGGUGUUACCACUUUAGAUGUCUUGAGAGCUUCUAGAUUUGUUUCUGAAGUUGCUGGUACUAACCCAGUUAAUGAAAAGGUUACCGUUGUCGGUGGUCACUCUGGUAUUACCAUUAUUCCAUUAUUAUCUCAAACUGUUCACAAGGACUUAGCUCCAGAAACCAGAGAUGCUUUAGUUCACAGAAUUCAAUUUGGUGGUGAUGAAGUUGUCAAGGCUAAGGAUGGUGCUGGUUCUGCCACUUUAUCCAUGGCUCAAGCCGGUGCCAGAUUUGCUGGUUCCGUUUUAGAUGGUUUAGCCGGUGAACGUGAUGUCAUUGAAUGUACUUUUGUUGACUCUCCAUUAUUCAAGGAUGAAGGUGUUGACUUCUUCUCUUCUAAGGUUACCUUAGGUCCAGAAGGUGUUAAAACUGUUCAUGGUUUAGGUCAAUUAUCUGAUUACGAAGAAGAAUUAGUUAAGGCUGCUAAGGAAACCUUGAUUGGUAACAUUAAGAAGGGUGUUGAAUUUGUUAAGCAAAACCCAUAA